ACAUGGCGUCGAGUCUACAAUAUCUUAACAUGGACGCCUCCGCGAUGCAGAUGGGAUCCUUCCGCCCCGCCGCAAUUCUCAAUGAGCAUGAAUUUGCUCUUCGCUUUUGCUGGAGCCUUCACCGUUGCCAAUCUCUACUACAGCCAUCCUAUCUUGAACAUUCUGGCCACCGAUUUUCACGUCAAGUAUGAGCAGGUGGCUCAGAUUCCGACAGUGAUGCAAGCAGGCUAUGCUGCAGGGCUGCUAUUCCUCUGUCCUCUAGGUGAUCUAUUACCACGGAGACCUUUUGUUGUGGGCCUGGUUGGCUUCACAGCGACCAUGUGGAUCGGGCUCUGCGUUACCAACAAUCUCGCCGUCUUUACGGCAAUCUCAUUCAUCACUGCCAUCACCACAGUGACACCUCAACUCAUGCUCCCCCUGGUUGGGGAUCUUGCCCCUCCAAAUCGACGGGCAGCGGCCCUUUCCAUUGUAGUAUCAGGUCUGAUGCUCGGAAUUCUUAUCGCUCGAGUUCUUUCCGGCAUCAUGACUGAUUACAUAUCGUGGCGCUCCGUAUACUGGCUCUCCCUUGGCCUCCAGUACGCCAUAUUCAUCCUCCUUUGGCUCUUCAUGCCGGACUACCCAUCCACCAACCCUACCGGUUUGAACUAUUUCGAACUCCUAUGGUCGAUUGUCAAGAUGCUCUUCCGACAUCCUGUCCUCGUACAAGCCUGCAUAACCGGAUUCUUCACCUCGGCAACCUUCACCUGCUUCUGGACGACCCUGACCUUCCUCCUCGCGGGAGCCCCUUACCACUACAAUUCCCUCACCAUCGGUCUCUUCGGUCUCAUAGGCAUCGCAUCCAUGUUCACGGGGCCCGUGUAUGCCCGUCUCGUCACCGACAAGUUCGCGCCCCACCUCUCCGUCUUCAUCGGCCUCUUCUCCGCGCUCACCGGAAUUUGCCUCGGCACCUAUACAGGCACAUUCACGAUCGCGGGGCCCAUUCUCCAGGCCUUCCUAAUGGACUUCGGCUUCCAGACCGCGCAGAUUGCGAACCGCAGUAGCAUCUAUUCGAUCGAGCCGAAGAGAAGGAACGGGGUUAAUACAGCGUUUAUGGUUUCGACAUUUUGUGGGCAGCUUAUGGGUACUGCGGCAGGUGCGCAUGUUUAUGCUGAUGGGGGAUGGAGGGCUAGUGGAAGUAUGUGCGUUGGGCUGGUUGGAUGUGCGAUGUUAACGAUGGCUGCUAGGGGCCCAUGGGAGACAGGAUGGGUUGGUUGGGCUGGUGGUUGGAGCAUGAGGAAG